AAUAAGGGUAUCCCACCGUUCAGUUUCUUCUUCUUUUUUACUCCCACAAUUUAGGAAAUCCUAUAACUUAGGGACCAGCUCCCCAAGUUAAGCUCCGCUCCUCUCUGUCUGUCUUGUCUCUCUACAAUUAUUCAAACACUGUCUUAGCUAACCAAACAGUUGUUCUUGUCGCCGCCAUUGUUGCUCUGAUCCCUCUUUUUCAUCAUAGCUAUGGUGAGAGCUCCUUGUUGUGAAAAAGUAGGCCUCAAAAGGGGAAGGUGGUCAGCUGAAGAAGAUGAGCUCUUAACCAACUAUAUUCAAGCCAAUGGUGAAGGUUCUUGGAGAUCCUUACCCAAGAAUGCAGGAUUGUUAAGGUGCGGAAAGAGUUGUAGACUAAGAUGGAUUAACUACUUGAGGCGAGACUUGAAGAGAGGGAACAUCACGGCAGAUGAAGAACAAAUGAUUGUAAAGAUGCAUAACGCUUUUGGCAACAGGUGGUCUUUAAUAGCAUCACAUAUGCCGGGCCGAACAGACAAUGAAAUAAAAAACUACUGGAACUCUCAUCUUAGUCGAAGAAUCUACACAGUAACACGACCAUCUGCCAAGUCUACUUCACCUAUAACGGGCAUCCUCGACAUCAGUCCCGCACCCAAACGAAGGAAAAACACGACCGAUCGAGCAAGUCGACAACAAACGAACGCAAUCGAAGGGAAGACAAUCCCUCCCCAUAUAGAGAAAGAGGAAAAAGAAGAAGGGUUGAGCUCAAAACAUAGCAAAGAAGGAGAGGACUGGGGACCAUAUGAUUGGCUAGAUGGUGAAAUAGAGAGACUCAAUAAUGAUCUUGAAUGGAAUAAAAGCAAUGAGAAAAUGGCAUUUGAAGAUGAUGUUCAAAAUGGGGAGAGGUCUUCUUCUUCCUCCAUCAACUCAGCUUUGGAAAUGGAUCAAUGGCUCAACUUUGAUUGGGAGCUUCACAAGAUUUCUUCUUGGUUAUGGGAAACCGAGACCGAUCGAUGUAUUGAGAGUUAGGGUUUAUUAUCCUCGGAAUUUCGAGAGUAAUUAUUAAAAACAAUUAAAGUACGAGUCUCGUAGCGGUUUCGAAAAGAGAAGAUCGAACUAAGAGAGAUUAGGAGUUCUCGAUACAAU